AUGGGAAAGAUUCACGUACUAGUGCUGGCGUCAUUGCUGUUUAGAGCGUCUAGUGCAGACACACUGUACCAACUGACUACCAAUGGCCCAACGUCCUUCUUGGGCGCGAAUACUGGCAUUGGCUCUUGGUUCAGGGCAGACAAUACUCAAGAUUUUACCAACGGUCGCUCUUGGUGUUCGUUCCCAUAUAAGGACUACUCGAUGGGAUUUGCUCCCGAUUUACAAACCAUCACUGCUGGCAGUAAUGCUGUCUAUCCAAAUCCUCUGUGGUCUAAAUACGGCAGUCAAUACUGUGGACUAGAAGCUUGGGUCUACAAUCCAGCAAACGGACGCAAUGUCACCAUGUACAUCAUUGACGGCUUUGCCCAUGAAUGGGUAAAGACUCCAGGAUCAAUUGAUCUAAUGCUGGGAGCCUAUGUGGCGCUUGCUGGAAAGCUUCCUGACAGCAAAAAUGAUGUAUUAAGUGGUGUCCAAUGGGGAUUCACCGGCCAGCGAUCACAAAAAUACUCGUUCGGAGGCGCUGGUGAUCCAACAGACAGUCGGGCUGCUACUGGAGGAUCGUGCAGUGCAUCCACGGAUUGUCAGUCGCUUUGUUGCACGUCUUCUGGUCAAUGCACGUCUGCUGGAUCAAGCUGUGUUGCGUCAGCAUCCGCCAUCAAGUUGGUCGAUGCAGCAUCUCCACAAUCCGCUGCAAUAUCGACGUCAUCCUCAAACACUCUUCCUCCCCUAAAUGUUCGUCGAAGUACUUGGGCAUACUGUUCUAAGAGCUCACAAUGUGCAAACAGUUGCUGCUCGAAGGAGUUUUCGAAUGAUGGCAAAUACAAGUCAACCUCAUUAAGGACUUUCUUGGGCACAAAUUACGGGAUCGGUUCUUGGUUUAGAGCUAAUAACACUCAAGACUCCACCAACGGUCACUCUUGGUGUUCGUUUAUAUAUAAGGACUACUCAAUGGGAUUUGCUCCUGAUUUACAAGCAAUGACUGCCGGCACCAAUGCUGUCUAUCCAAAUUCUCUGUGGUCUAAAUAUGGCGGUCAAUAUUGUGGACUAGAGGCUUGGGUCUACAACCCAACGAACGGACGCAAUGUCACGAUGUAUAUCAUUGACGCCUUCGAUCACGAAUGGGUAAAGACUCCGGGAUCCAUUGAUCUCAUGCUGGGAGCAUACGUGUCGCUUGCUGGAUCCGUUCCUACCGCAAAAAGUGUAGUUUUGAGCGAUGUUAAAUGGGGAUUCACUGGUAGGCGAUCGCAGAAAUACUCUUUUGGGGGAGCUGGUGAUACAACAGACAGCCGGGCUGCUAUUGGAGGAUCUUGCAGUGGAAGCACGGAUUGCCAGUCGCUUUGUUGUACGUCUGCUGGCAAAUGCUCGUCGGCUGGUACAGGCUGUGUUGAAUCAAUAUCCGGCAGUAAAUCGGUCGCUCCAUCAUCCGGACCGUCCGCUGUAUCCUUGAAGUCACCAUCAAGCACUCCUACUCCCCAAAACGGAGGUCUUGGUGACUGGGUAUUCUGUUCUAAGAGCUCACAAUGUGCAAACAAUUGCUGCUCAAAGGAAUAUUCGAAUGAUGGCAAAUACAAGUGUACACCUGGUGGAUCCAAAUGUCUGUAG